AUGAAGGCCGCCAUCCUCGCCCUCCUCACCAGCUGGCACGCUGUCACGGCCGCUUCUCUGACGCCCCGUCAAGAGCCAACGCUAACACUAUCCUCCAACGUCUCAACCUCCCUCCUCGACCGCAUUAUCGCCCGGGGCCACCUCCUCGUCGGGACCACCGGCGACUACAAGCCCUUCAGCUACCUCACCAACACCACGAAUUCCACCACCGCCACGCGCUACAUCGGCGCCGACAUCGACAUGGCCCUCUCCCUCUCCACUUCCCUCGGCCUCAGUGCGCCUCCGACAUUCAUCCCCACCGCCUUCGCGAACCUCAGCAGCGACAUCGCCGCCUCGCGCUUCGACAUCGCCAUGUCCGGCAUCAGCAUCACGCUCGCGCGCGCCCUCACCACUUUCUUCAGCACCCCGGUACUCCGCGUCGGCAAAGCCGCCUGCGUGCGCUGCGCCGACGUCGACAAAUUCCAAUCCCUCGCCGACAUCGACAGGCCCGGCGUGCGUGUCGCGACGCCCGACGGCGGCAGCAACCUGGUCUUUGACCGCGCGAAUCUGCACGCGGCCGAGAUCGUGGUGUAUGCCGACAACAAUGUUAUUUUUCGGGAGGUUGUGGAUGGGAACGCCGAUGUCGUGGUUACGGAUGUCGUCGAGGCGCAGUUGCAGGAGGUUUUGCAUCCGGGCGUGCUGUGUGCCGUUAAUCCUGAGAGGCCGUUUAGCUUUGAGGAGCUGGGAUAUAUUCUGCCGCGGGAUGUGGUUUGGCUGCAGUUUGUGAAUCAGUGGUUGCAUGUUCAGCAGGGGAGUGGUGCUUGGAAUGCGACGUUGCAGAGGUGGAUGGAGUACCCGUGGCCACAGGUUUGA